AUGAAUGCUUCUUUUACAUCAACAAAUAGUUUACGAGAGGAUUUACAAUCAACAACAAGAAGUUCUUUUUCUAAGGAAGUAUUGAAUACAACAACAUCGAUCAAAUCACCUUCCGAUUAUACAUUUCAAAAAGUUAUUAGUUUAAUUAAUGACAAGUAUUCAUUCGAUUUAUAUGAUAGACAUUAUGCCGAAUUUCAAAAGGUUUUGGCAAACAGGGAAUUAGGAUUUUAUGUGGACGAGAAAGAUGAUGUCACAUUUCUUGUAAAUUAUUGUGUUGAUAUCAUUCUUGAAGGAGAGAAGCCAUUAGAGGCAAAAGAAAAUUGUAUCAAAUUAUUGGAUGCUUUUGUUUCAUUAUGCUUCAUUCCAUUGAGAGAACGAAAAGCUAGUGAUUCUUUAAUUAAAGCAGAUUCCUAUCUUUCAAUUGUAAAUUCUCUUGGAAAAAUUAUGAGAUUGACUGUGGCUAUUGCUAAACCAAUUCAAGUUACAGUUGCUAAGUGUUUGAGUGAUUUAAUUGAAAAAUCAUUUGAUAUUGAGUAUUUACAGAAAGCAGUUAAAAAUUCUGAUAUUCUGAGGGAUGCUCUUAAUGCAAUUGUUAAUUUGACAAAUGAAAAGGAAAAAGUUGACACUGAAAUAUUUUUGGAGACGAUGACAGUCAUUAUGUGUCUUUCCAAGUAUUCAGAAUUUUCUGAAAUUUUGACAAGAGAAGGAGGUUUAAAUAUUUUAGUCAAUGUGCUGAAUGCAUCCGAAUUCAAUGAUAUGAUUGUAUUCAAAGUUGUAGAUACUUUGUGGAAUGUUGUAGAAGUAUUUCCAAAAUCCACUCUUUACUUGGGAGAUAUUUCUUGUGUGACAUCUCUCUUCAAUAUCAUUCAAGAAAUUAAUUGCAAGGGAUUCAGAACAAAGGACAAAGAAUUAAGAAAUGAUAUUUUGAUUCUAUUUUCCUUCCUUGCCCGAGAACCUGAAAACCAAACAAUCUUGAAGGAUUGUGGACUUUUAGAAUAUCUUGCUGCUGUAUCUAUUGGAUUAGACUUAUAUCCAGAUGCAGUUACUGUACAAUAUUCUUUAUCAUCAACUUCCAAUGAAGAUUUUGAAAUGAAAAAGCUAUCAUGGACAAUUUUGUUCUACCUCACUUUCUCUGAUAGCUGCCUUCCUUUGAUUGUUGAGUUGGGAUUUACUCUACUCUUAUUGGAAACUAUAAACGAGAAUGGAACAAUAAUGAACAAAUGGAAUGAGAAUCAAAAAUGGGAGCUUAAAAUCAUCGCUCUCAAAGUAUUGUUCAUGUUGAGCGUACGAGUACCUGAGGAAUUUUCUAAGGAGCAAGGUUCAAGAAUCUGCUUGGAGGUUUUACAAACUACAAAAGAUGAAACAAUUUUGGGAGGAUGCUACAAUACAAUUAUGAACAUUUCGACAACAGUAAUUGGGUCUGUCGACCUUUUUAAUGCAGAUGUCAUUCCAAUAAUGCUUGAUGCAUGUGUGGAUACAGGAGUUUCGUUAAAUUCAAGAACUGAUGCCAUCAGAAUUGUUUCUAACGUAUGCUCACAUGUAAUAGAAUCCAGAGAAGCUUUCAAAUUUAAUGGAGGUGUUACAAAAUCUCUAGUACUUUUAGAGAGUUGUGUGAAAGAUUAUAACCAGGUGGAAAAGGAUGAGUUCAUUUUCAAUAGUGUGGAUUGUGUAUGGUCUUGCGUUGUUGGAACAGAAGAGAGUGAAAAAAUAUUUAUUGAUGGUGAUGGAAUUCACUACUUAUUGACCUUACUUACUCUUGUAAAUGACUGGAUUAAGCUCUCUAUUUUGGGUUGUUUAGCAGACUUUAUGAAUUGUUCAAUGCAAGCAGUGGAUGAAGUAUUAACUUGGAAGGGAAGAAAUAAGGAAAAUGUAGUCACAUAUCUUAUCAAAUUGUGGAAAGAAAACGAAAGUGCUAAAUCAGUUAAAGAUAGAUUUUUCUUAGAAAAUAUGGAAGUUGAUCCAAAAGAUUAUGAUCUGCAAAGAAAGAUUUACCAUGUCCUUAAUAUAAUUGGAAAUAGAAUUGAUUCAUCUGCUCUUUCGGAUGAUGACAGUAUGGAGCUUGUAAAAAUUCAACAUUACGACAAGUUACUGAACGAUAAGGCAUGGGAAGAUAUCUGUAUGGAGCUUGAACAAGAAAAUAUUCGACCAACAACUCCAGAUAGAGAAUUAAUUUCAGAAAAAUUCAAAGAAAAAGAGGAAAGAGAAAACAAUAUUGCCUCUGGUAAGAAGGAUAUUGUAAAUGAAAUGCAAAAUAGACUUAUCAAAGAAGAGGAAACAUUCUACAGAACAAUUAUUGAUAGACACAGCAAUAAUGCCUCAACAAUGCAAAAACCAUUCAACACCUCAUUCGACGACAGAUACACAUGUAAAUCAAGAGCAACAGCAAAAACCUCAACAGCUGUCAAGAAUAUCAGUGUUCAAGCAUUUAAAAUAAUUGGAGGUUAUGUAAAUAGAAGAGCAGCAGAAGAAGAAAUCUAA